GACAGGGAGAACUCUCCGUGGUGCUGACAACAGAACAACACAUUCAGGCUCAAGCUUCCUCUCAGCUGCGAAGGGAAAGGCAAAGCGAGACACAAGAAACAAAAACACAACACGAAUGCUUGCGGAGAGAAGCUUGKGUAUUAGUGUGACAGAAAUAUUAGUUCAAAGGGACUCAGCAAAAAAAAAGAAAAAAGAGAGCUGUGGAAGAAAGAGRUGGACACAGAGCAAGAGAGAGAGGCUGACGUAUUAGAGUAAGGUGGCUACAGUAGGCAGUGGGCGUGUUCUUCUUGUUUUGGUGUMUAGCUGGGAAGCCCAGUGUCAUCUGCUUAAGCACCGAGGUACUGUGCUGAACAGGACAGAGGAAAUCGGCAGGGAAUGCAAGAACCCUUGGUCUACCUCAUCCACGAGGGCGCCGCGGAUGUGGAUCCCCUUUUUUUAAUUACUGUCAUGAGACUUUGAUCGAAUAGAACGUGCAAAGAAGAAACACUCCGAGAAAGAAGAACCUGAACUGGACUUUAAAGCCAACUUGGCUAUGCAGCUGUGAGAGGACUUUUGGUUUGAGAAGAUGUGAGGUGCAUUUUUGCAAUGCACGCAGUGGCAGUUGUGUGCUGCUUUUUUAGCGCCCGCACAUGUGCGUAGAAGUGAAGCUCUCACAGCUGGCUCGGAGUCUGGCAGCAUCUGGAUUGGAGGUGUACAAUAUUUGGCCCAGGAGAAGGGAGCACUGGGCAGGGCACCUGAUGGCCCAGCUCCCUUCUAGUUCCAUCUUYAUCCUGGGUCACUGGGACUCUUUCUAGUGGGACCCAAUCUGUUGGGAAAAAAAAAAAAAACGAUGGACGGAGGUCUAUGUGGAUUUAAGUGGAAGAGUGCAUGGAUUGUUCUGCAUAGGUCAGAGUUCAUUGUUGCAUCGUGGACUCAGGGAAAGACAGAAGACACUUUGAUUUACACCACAGUAAAGACAAAGCCCUAUUAAUGCAGUGCAAAGACUUGAAGAAUGAUGAGCUCCAAAGAGGAGGAAACUCUCAGCUUUUUCCAAUAUGUUGAGGAGAAUGGGCUGAGAGCCUACAACAGCCUGUUGGCUCAGAACUUGGACCACACCAGGAAUGAAAGAAACAGGACAUUCCUGCAGGAAAAAAACGAGAAGAAAAGGAAACAGGAGGAAGCCAUAAGGAGAACUGGUGAGGAUAUAGCAACAGAAGGCAAGCACCUGCGCAUGGGCUCAAUAACCAUGCCUGAGCCCCAGGAGCGAAUGCCCUUGCCCCACCUGCACACUAUCGCUUGCGGGCAGGGCUUCUCGGUCCGCUCCCAGUCCCUCCACUCUGUUGGUGGCAGUAACAUAGGAGGAGGA